GCUGUGCGGGAGGGGACGGCGGCGGCGGCGGCGGGACGGGAGACGGAGGAAGGCGGCGGGGAAGCGGUAUGGGCGCCUGACGCCCGUCCCGUCCCGCCGCCGAGGGACGAUGGCGCGGCCCCGCGGCGGGCGGUGGUUGCUGGGCGUCCUCCUCGCCCUGUGCCGUCUGGCCGCGCCGCUCGCCAAGAGCCUGGAACCGGUCUCCUGGAGCGCCGGUAACCCCAAAUUCAUGACUGGGAAGGGGCUGGUCAUCUACCCGGAGAUUGGGGAUAAACUGGACAUUAUCUGCCCCAAGGCGGAGCCGUCCAAGCCUUACGAGUACUACAAGCUGUACCUGGUGAAGAAGGACCAGGCAGAUGCCUGCAGCACCGUCAUGGACCCCAACGUGCUGGUGACGUGCAACCGGCCCGAGCAGGAGAUCCGCUUCACCAUCAAGUUUCAGGAGUUCAGCCCCAACUACAUGGGCCUGGAGUUCAAGCGGCAGCAGGAUUACUUCAUCACAUCCACUUCCAACGGGACACUGGAUGGCCUGGAGAACCGGGAAGGAGGGGUCUGCCAGACGCGGUCCAUGAAGAUUGUCAUGAAAGUGGGGCAGGAUCCGAACGCGGUGAUCCCAGAGCAGCUGACGACGAGUCGGCCGAGCAAGGAGUCUGACAACACCAUGAAAAUCGUCACGCAGAGCCCGCGCAGCAAGGUCCCCGCGGUGGAGGAGCCCGGCAAGCCGGGCUCCGUCAACCAGGAUGGCCAGGAGACCCAAGGUCCCAGCGACGGCUUCUUGAGCUCCAAGGUGGCCGUCUUUGCGGCGAUCGGCGCCGGCUGCGUCAUCUUCAUCCUCAUCAUCAUCUUCCUCGUCGUCCUCCUGAUCAAGAUCCGCAAGCGGCACCGGAAGCACACGCAGCAGCGAGCCGCAGCCUUGUCCCUCAGCACCUUGGCCAGCCCGAAAUGCAGCGGGAACGCGGGCUCCGAGCCCAGCGACAUCAUCAUCCCCUUACGGACUACAGAGAAUAACUACUGCCCGCACUACGAGAAGGUGAGCGGGGACUACGGGCACCCCGUCUACAUUGUCCAGGAGAUGCCCCCCCAGAGCCCAGCCAACAUUUACUACAAGGUGUGAGGAGCAGCCUGGGCAAGCCGCCGAUGCAGGAGCGCGGGAGCGCCGAGCGCGGGGGGCAGCCGCCCCCCCCGGGUCUCCCCACGGGCGGUCUGGCGCCGGGAGGGAGGAAGCGAAACGAACCCCACGGCACGGCGCGGGGAGCGCCGGGGUCCGGCGCUGGAGAGCGGAUGGCUCGCUCGCACGCUCGCGCGCUGAUUUCUCCCCUUUGUAUUUAGUUUUGUAGUUCUCAGCUUUUGUAAUCCCGAGACUCGAGGGUGAGCCUUCAGCAUCCUCCUCUUCUUCUCCAGACUGCGGCCGGCCAGGGGGCGGGCGCCGUGCCUUUCCGUGCUCGCUCGGACACCGCCGGCAAUCCCGGACACUCCACCUCCCCUUUUCGUUUUGGGAUUUCCCUGCGUCGCCCCUACGUCCUUGCGUGAAGUGCCCGUGCGCCUGGCGCCGCGUCGGCCGCCGCUUGGGUCCCGGAGCCUGGACCGACACCAGGGCCGCGGCGAGGAGCCUCGGUCCGAGGAGGAGCGAGCAGCCGCGGGGGGAGGAGGAGGAUGCUCUGCCUAGGUGCCAAGAUGCAGACAACUGUGCAGGGAGGAAGCUGGCAAACCCGAUUUACUACUACUACUAUUAUUAUUAUUAUAAUUAUUUUAAUUUUUUGUAACAUUUUUAUUUUUGUGAAUUCCGGGCGGGACUCCGGCCCGCCGCCCGCCGCCUUCGGGCACACGCCGUCGCCUCCUUCCAGCACGCCGUCCCGCCGGCCGCGGGGCAGACCCCGCUGCUCCCGCCGCUGCCCUUUUAAACUUUUGUGUUCGUAGCUGUUGACUCUUGUUUUAGUCUCUUUAUAAAAAGAAAGAAAGAAAAAAAAAAAAUAUAUCUAUACCAUGUCUCAAGCAUUCAGUGCGCGAGAGUCCGGGUGCUCCUCCGGCCCCGCGCGGAGCAGCGGCCUCGGCCGGCAGCUCUUCCAGACCCCCCGAGGGCACCCCGCUGCAGAGAAAAGCCUUUGCUGAGGGUUUCCAUUGGGCUGGGGCUGAGCCUGCUGGAAGCGAAGUGGGGGGCGGCGGGAGGGCAGGGGGUAGCUGCAGCCCCCGGUCCUGUACCCCAGCCGGCGAUGCUGCGGGUGGCUUUCCUUGGGAAGGAAAACUGGAAAACAAACGUUCCCGACCCACAGCCCGUGCCGGGGGGGGGGAGCUGGGGGUGCCAGGAGGAGGCCAGCGCUCAGAGCUGGAAGCCCCCCGGGAGGUAUCCCUCCGGCCGGCUGGAGCACCGGGCUUGACUUGGUUGGGAGCGGAGCUGAAGGCUUCUCCACCCGCCUGGUUUUCCAGGACAACCCAGUGCCCCUCUGCGGGACCUGCCGUCGGGAACCGGUCCCCAGCAGCGCCUGCCGCCCGCGGGAGCAUCACCCGGCCGUGCCACCUCCCGGGGGUCCCGCAGCCCGGGCUCCCCCUGCCCUUGCCUUGCCCAUCUCCUGCCCAAAACUGGGAGGGGGUUGAGCCUUGGGCUCCUUUGGCGGGAUCGUUCCCAGCUUUCUCUCCCCGGGAGGACCCGCCGGCACCGUAGCCGAUGCCGGUGAGCACGGCGGGGCUGGCGGUGCCCGCGGCCGUGCCCUGCUGCCCUCCGGUCCUCGGGCUGUCCCAGCCUGGGGGCCGGCGGCCGCCCCCUCCUUCCUCGCUUUCUUUUCCUUUCAGAAGUAGCUGCUUUUGCUCAGGGAGCAAGCGUGGGGCAGGCGGUUCUGCUCCCCCGGGGCGGCUCGCCGCGCUGCCGGGCGGUGGGUUUGCGGUGGCACGGGGUUGCCUGGCCUGGUUUGUCCUUGCCUGUCCCCAGGGCCUCGAAACCCGCGUUAGGAAGUGCCCAAAGAGCGAGGGAGCUGCUCUGCAAAAGUGCCUUGACGAGGAGCGGGCAGGAGGGGCAGAGCAGGGGACGGGGAAACCUGGCGGCUCGGAUGCUGUACUGGGGGUUUGGCCGCGGUCCUGAGCGGGACGGGAGCAUCCCUUGGUGUCGCGUUGUUGGGGUUUUUUUGGGUUUUUUUUGGUUUUUUUCUAAAAAGGAGUUUGGGCUGGAGCGGAGCAGGCUGCCCCAGCUCUCCUCCCGCCCUCGGCAUCCCGAAGUGAGGACGGCUGCCAGGGUCCUAAACCGGCUACUGCCCUCAGGAGAGAAGAGCCGCGGUGGGUGCUCCCCCCUGCCCAGCCCUUCUCCCCGCUCCCCCGGCCCCCCGUGUAGCACCUUUCAGCCCCCUUUCCUCCACGGCAUCCAUGCCAGCGCUGCCCACCCCGGGCUGCUGCUGAAGGGCCGGGAGCCGCCCCAGCCGGGACCCCCAUUCCCUGCCGGGACCCCCGUUCCCUGCCGGGGGACGGGGUCUGCUCUCAGAAAUCACAGAAAAUUGUGUCUUAAAGAAAAUCCCCCUUUUCCCUCACCGGUGCCCUCUUCCAUCUGCAAAAUCAUGACCUGCAGUUCCUGAAGCGAGCAGAGCCGCGGUUGGGCGGUGGUGAUGGUGGUGGCAGUGGUGAAGGAUGCUUUAUCGAUGGGGAGCUUCUCCCCGCAGCCCGGAGAGCAGCGGCUGGCGUGGAGGAGGCGGUUGGAAAAUGAUUUAGUUUUGGUUUGUUUUUAGAGGAGAAGGGAAGGAGUCUGGCCAUGGGUUGUACCAAAAGCAAACUGAUGGCCCUGGGUGGUUUCCCACGGUGGCUCUUCCCCGGCACGGUGGCUGUCCCCAGCUGGGCUGAGGCUCAGCAGCUCCCAUCAGCUUCACUCCUGCUGCUGGGGGCAGCUGAGAAACCUUGUAAAUAUGUGAAGAAAGGGUGAAAUCGGAACUCUUGGUUUUUGCUGAGCACCUCGGUCUGCUGGGUCCUGAAACGGAGUGUGUCCCUUCGGUUCUUUUCAUUGAAAGCAUUGAAGUUUGGUUGGUUUUUUCUUUUUUUUUUUUUUUUUUUUGUCCCCCCCAUUUUGUUUGUGUAAAUACUAGUCUUUUUUGGAAGAAAUAAUGUAAAGAUGUUUUGUAUAAACUCUGAAUUAUUUUCUGGUUGCUUUUUCUUAGAAAAACAAAUGAGAACUAAAAAAAAAAAAGAAAAAAAAAAAAGAAAUUUUAACCACAAGAACGGGUGUAAAACAUUGUCAUACUGCGCUCAGCCCCGGAGCUGCUCCGCGGGGCUGUGCUGGUGUGCGGGUGCUGCCGGGCAGAAUGGCUGCGGGGGGGGGCUCGGUCCCCCCUGGGGGGGUCGAGAUGGGGUAAGGGGCCAUGCCCUUGAUAUAAUGCAAGAUCUGCCAGGCCCCAAGCAGAGAUCGAGGCCAGGAGCACCGGUUCUGCCCCCAGCGCGGCACAGCGGGGCUGGUCGUGCCCUUUGCCGCCGGCACAGCGCCGGCACUCGCGGCAGGGUCAGACUUGGCUUUUUCCCAGCGAGUUUCUGGCCGUCCUGGGUCCGGGCAGAGCUUUCAGCCCCGGCCUGAGCACAGGCAAGAGGCUCGGUAGCACAAGGUGAACAAAAGGAGCAUCAAAUUUAUCUCCUUUUUUGUCUUUAACCAAAAAAACCUGAACCUCGGGAUGUGUAACUCAAUGCAGCAUCCCGAGAUCCUGAUCCGCUUUUCCAGACCCGCGGAGCUGCUGCUGUUGCAGAUCCCUUUCCCCAGCUAUCCCUAUCUUCCAGUUGCCAACCGCAAGCACACGGUAGCCCGAUCUCUGCUUGUUGCCCGGGCCGGGGGCGGCUCGCUCCUCUUCAGCAGCCCCCACGUUUUAUACAGGGCAGUGCCAGGGGUCCCCGUGCCCACCGAAGCCAUCUCCGGUGUCACCGGCAUGCCUGGCAUUUCCCCGUGGGCAGCCGGGAGCUCCCUGUCGUCCCACUUGCUCACAGGAGCCGGGCAGUUGCCCGUGAAUCUGCAUUAUAUCAGCAGAGGGUGAGGGGGGGCUGCCGCAGCCUCCGCUGCCCCUGGGGGGGGUAUUUGGAGGUGCUGGAGCAGGGCUGGUCCUCCCUCCCUCCCGGCCACACCGCGCACCAGCACACCCGCGUCGCGCGCUCCCACAUUUCAGAGCUGUGACCACGUCUCCAUCCCACGGCGUCGCAUCCGCGCCCUCGCCACGGUCCCGCGUCCCGAGGUGGGAAAAGUCCCCGCGUUCCCGGGCGGCCCCGCGUCACGCGAUCAACCAGCCGCGGGGCCGCUGCCCCGACCCCGUGCCCGGCUGCCUUUGCCGCGGUGCCGGCACCGCCGGAACGUCCAGGCUGCGAGGUUUUCCCUGUCCGUCCUCUGCUGCCGUUAGCCGAGAGGUGGAUUCGGGCUUGGAGCCUGGAUGUGGCCGGUCCCGCUGCCGGCGCAGGGCACGCGGGAUGGCGGGCUUUGGCCGAGGGCCGGGAAUUGCCGCUGGCGAGCGCCUGGAGCGGUUUGGGCACCGCGCAGCUUGGCGGUGCGGGGGGACGCCGGGGCUUCGGCCGUGGCACGGAGGGAGCAAGGACCCUCUGUGCCAGCGCCUCCCCGGGCUGCUGCAGGGGGCACGUCCCGGAGCAGGGCUCGGCAAUCCCGCGCUGGUUGAUCGUCCUCGGCUGCCGGUGGGGCUCCGGUGGUGCCGGGCGCCGGGGUCCCGUCGGCCGCUCUCCCCGGCGCCGCAGACUUUUGUUUCUUCGUGUCAUGUUCCUCUUUUUGAUUCCUUUCGCCUUCUCCCCAGCUCUCCCGCCCAGUAGCAUAUCAUCGGCAUCGGUAACCAGCUCUGUGGCAUCUGAACUCCAUGGAGCCGUGAUGGAACCUGAUAUAUUGUUAAAUAAAAGGGUUUUUUUCCUAUGGAAA